GCACGCGUCCAUGCGGAAACGUCAGAACUCUGCAAUGCAAGCAUCUUUUUUGUCUAGGCGCGGCUGCAGGGAUCUGGAGAGCUCUCUGCCCAGCCCGUUCCACCUAGACCUGUGGUUCUGCUUCACUCUGCAGAGCUGGCUGCUGGACGUAGGGAGGCCUGUGGUCACGCUUCUCCUCCCAGUUGAAUGGUUCCCCCUGAACAGGCCCAAUGCUGGAGAUUAUUUCCACAUGGCUUAUAAUAUCAUCACUCCCUUCCUGCUCCUCAAGCUGAUUGAGCGUAGCCCCAGGACCCUGCCCUGUGCAGCUGUCUACCUGUGCAUCAGCACCUUCGUCAUGGGCGCCAGCCUGCACCUGGUGGGGGACUCGGUCCUCCAGCGCCUGCUGCUGAGUGGAUACCAGCUCCACCUGCCGGUCCGGGAGAACCCCCUGAUCAGGAACCUGAAACCGGCCUCUCUGAUAGAGUCAUUUGAACUUCUGUAUUAUUACAAUGACAAUCUCGGCCAUUCAAUGUGGUAUGUUCCCUUCUUCCUCAUCCUCUUCCUCUACUUCACCGGUUGUUUCAGCCUCGUCAGCGAGGAGAGGAGGAUGCCUCCGGAAGCCUGGGCCAUGCUGGGUCCCAGUGCACUCUACUACUGGUACCUGAUCACCCAGGGCCAGAUCUUCAUCCUCUUCAUCUUCACCUUCUUUGCCAUGACCGCCACGGUGAUGCACCAGAAACAGAAGGGCUUGGUUCCAGACAGCAACGGCCUGUUCCUCCUCUCCAGCUUCUCUGUGGCGCUGGGGCUGGUGGCCGUCUGGGUGGCCUGCCUGUGGAACGACCAGGCCCUGAGGAAGAAGCACCCGGGGGUGAUCUACGUCCCGGAGCCCUGGGCCUUCUACAGCCUCCACAUCAGACAGCAGCACUAGUUAUCCCUUCUACAGCCUCCACACCAGACAGCAGCACUAGUUAUCCCUUCUACAGCCUCCACACCAGACAGCAGCACUAGUUAUCCCUCCUACAGCCUCCACACCAGACAGCAGCACUAGUUAUCCCUCCUACAGCCUCCACACCAGACAGCAGCACUAGUUAUCCCUUCUACAGCCUCCACACCAGACAGCAGCACUAGUUAUCCCUUCUACAGCCUCCACACCAGACAGCAGCACUAGUUAUCCCUCCUACAGCCUCCACACCAGACAGCAGCACUAGUUAUCCCUCCUACAGCCUCCACACCAGACAGCAGCACUAGUUAUCCCUCCUACAGCCUCCACACCAGACAGCAGCACUAGUUAUCCCUCCUACAGCCUCCACACCAGACAGCAGCACUAGUUAUCCCUCCUACAGCCUCCACACCAGA